AUGAUAGAACCCUCUGAAGACUCAUUUGAGACGAUGAUGGAGCGUAAGAAUCCAUCAUCAAAACAAAUGGAGUCCUCCGAGGGCUCAUCCAACACCACCGUGGAGGCCGCGGGCGGCGGAGCGCAGGAGGCGGCGGGGCCGGCCGGCGGCCCCGCCCAGGAAGCGGCAGAGCUGCCCAGUGUCCUCCUCCAAGACAUGGAGGAGCCAUCCAGUGGCCCACAUAGGGAAGUAAAGGAUCCACCCAAUGACCUACUCCAAGACCUGGAGGAGUCACGCAACGCUUCACGUCAGGAAGUGGGGGGUCCGGUCGGUGAGGCACCUGGUGAGAUGGAAGAAGCAUUUGUCAACCCCUGGGGAGAGCCGGAAGAGCCAGGUGAAGACGCUGACCUUUCUGGAUGGCGAGAGGCGGAUCCUCCCGAAGAGCCGGAGGAGGAAGACUUCAACUCGGAGUUCAUGGUCAGGCUGAGGUCCCUCAUCUCUCUGUACUUCCGGAUGCAAGACCUCAAAGAGCAGCAGAGAGUGGCGGAAGACAUCCUGGUGAGAGGCAUCGCCGCGGGCCAGCUGCCACCCCUGAGGCGCUUCUCUGGCGACCGCAGAGAGUACCACGAGUUCAUCGUGCUCUGCCAGCUCAUCUUACAGAGCUACCCGAGGCGGUUCUGCAGCGACCGCCUGCGAGUGCAGUACGUCAUCAACCACCUCUCGGGCAUGGCCCUCGAGUGGGCCAAAGGCCUGGUGCAGGCAGGCAGCCCCGUGGUCAACGAUUUCCCGGCUUUCCUAGAGGCCAUGUCAGAGGUGUUCGAGUACCGACAGGCCAUGCGUGUGGCGGAAGACGCCAUGUUUCGCAUCAGGCAAGGGGAUCGCGCCGCCAUCGACUACGUCAAGGAGUUCCAGGGCUUGGUACCCACCUUGGGCUGGCCCGAUGAAGUCCUGCAGGCCCACCUGUGCCAGGGGCUCAGCGAGGAGAUCAGGCAUUACCUGUUCCGGGUCCCCCAGCCGGACUCCCUGGACAGUCUGAUUGUGCUGGUCCUGCAGAUCGAAGAGAAACUGGCUGAGAGAAGGGCCGUGCUCAGGCUGCCCCCCGAGGCCCGCCCGCGGAACCUGACCUGGAUCGACUCACCUGCUCCCGAGAGGUGGAUGGUCAGCAGCUGGAUGCCCUGCGACGUCCACCCGGCCAUCGACCGCAAGCACCUCUUCCUGCUGCUCCUGGUGAGAGUGAACCCAUACCACAGCGUCGCGGUGCAGGCCCUGGUGGACUCGGGCGCAGCCUCCAACUUCAUGGAUGAGAGGUUCGCCCAAGAGCACUAUGUCGAGCUGUACGAGAAGGCCUACCCGCAGCCUAUCCAAACCGUGGAUGGCUCGCUGAUCGGCAACGAACCCGUCUGGCUGCACACUGAGCCCCUGGUGUGCAUUCAUCAGAACCACCACGAGUCCAUCGAAUUCGACAUCGUUCCUUCGCCCAACUUCUCCGUGAUCUUGGGCAUCAACUGGCUCCGUGUGCACACCCCCGAAGUCGACUGGGCCCAAGGCCGCUGCACCUUCCACUCUCCCUACUGUCUAAAGAAUUGCUUCUGCCCACCCCCGCCAUGCACCGCGCUGGAGAGACAUGCCAUAAGCCUGCUGCCCGGACUGCCGCCCCAGUAUUCCGACCUGGCCGACGUGUUUAACCCGAAGGAAGCAGAUGAUGAGACUUCCGACCAGCCAAGCUCAGACGGAUCCGAUGAUCUUUCUGAAUCAGAGCCCUCUGAGCUUCAGCAGGCUGGAGACAGUGAUCACAGCGACAACUUCUACGAAUGUCCCUCCUCGGCGCCUUGGGAACCUGUGGGUGCUGGGAUGCAAGAAACAGCCAAGCCGCGGAAUGACUACUGGGACCUGCACGACAUGCUGACCAACAAACAGGACUACAUACAGAUCAUUCCGGAACUGUUUGACCAAUUACACGGGGCUACAUGGUUCACAAAGCUGGAGCUGCGUGGGACCAUCGUGGAGGAAAGCAUGAACAUAAACCAAACAGAAGAUGUAUGGAGGACGGCGUUUGGUUUGGAGCCUCAAGAGACGGACAGCUACCCGCCCUUUGAGAUCUGCCCAGACCCUCUGAUCCCUCAGAGCACGGUGCACUGCAUCCUGAAGGACAUGCUGGGCUACUCUGUGCUCUCCUACGGGCACGACGUCCUGGUCUACUCGAUGAGCCAGGAGGAGCACAUGCAGCAUGUCCGCCAAGUCCUGGUCCGCUUCCGGCACCACAGCGUCUACUGCUCCCUCGACAGGAGCCAGUUCCACCUGCACACUGUCGAGUUCCUGGGGUUCGUCUUGAACCCCAAAGGGGUGAGGAUGAACAAGAGCAUCGUGACCACCAUCACGGGGUACCCCAUCCCCGGCUCUAAGAAGUCCCUGCGACACCUGAUCGAAUUCAUCCUCCCCUACCGCCACUUCGUGGACCGGUUCACCAUCAUCCUCGAGCCGCUGGUGCGGCAGCUGGUGGGCACCGAGCCCUUCUACUGGGGCGACGAGGAGCAGGAGGCCUUCGAAUGCCUGAAGCGGGCCUUCCGCAAGGCCCCCCUCCUGUACCACCCGAAGCCCCAGAACCCGUUCUACUUGGAAACGGGCAUCACGCAGACGGCUCUGCACGCCUCCCUCAUCCAAGUGGACGACCAGACCGGCAAGAGUGUCUCCUGCGCUUUCUACUCCCGCAACAUCUCUCCUAUCGAAGUCGACUACUCUCCACUGGAGAUGAAGAUCCUUCCAAUACGGGCUGCCUUCAUGGUGUGGUGCCGCUACCUGGAGAACACCGAGGAGCCCAUCAUGAUCCUUCUUAACACGGAGGAUCUCACCUCUCUGAAUAAUGACAGGCUCACCGUACUUCUCCCGGGGCAUUGGGUCUUCUUCUUCUCCCACUUCAACUUUGAUGUCAUGGAGCGGCCCGAGCAAGAUGGCGGCCGGCCCCGGCCACCGGUGCGGAACCCCCGCCGCAGGCCUUUCCAGGCCCGCACUGCCACCCAGCCCCACAGACGGUUCAGCACGGGAGGAUCCCCCAGGGAUCAGCCCCCAGAGUCGGGGGACGAAGAGGAGACCGAAGAUGCCCCUCCCCAGGAGGAGGCAAGUGAGCAGACCCUCCACCGAAAGUUCCUGGCUUGGGUCCCAGUGGACCAAAUACUCAGCAACAUCCUGGCCCAUCUCACCGUGGCCCAGAUCAAGGCGGUCAUUCUGCACUUCUUCCGAGGCCUGCUCUUCUGGAAGAACACCCUGGCCGUGGCGGCCCUGCUGGUGAUGAUGAGGGCGACGCAGCGCCUGCCGCUGCUGCCCGCGCCCACCCUGGCAGUGGCGCAGCUGCCCGCCAGGCGCCUCGUCCUGCACUCGACCCUCCUCCCAAACCGUGGCGUUACCAGGGCCAUCACCCAGCUGCUGACCCAGAUGCUCCCUUUCAGGCGCACCGAUGCCGUCCCAGCCGCGCCGGGGGCCCUGCUGCCCCGGGCCUCCCGGGCCCUGCGCCUCCCGCCCGAGUUCUGGCUGAUGCUGUGCCAGCGCUUUGCCGUCAGCUUCAACCCUGGAGAAGGGCCUCAGGCCCUGCUGCUCGGGAGCCACCACCUGGAGCUGCACGUCGUCGGCGGUAAUGUCGUCUUGCGAGAAGCCCUGCAAGACGACCUGCAACGUUACCGUCAGUGUGGCCUGCAUGACGGCCUGCAAGACACCUCGCAGGACGCGCAGGUGGACGACGUGCAGGACGCCCCGGGCGCUGACCCCAGCCCCGCCAUCCCGGAUCAACAGGAGGCCCCAGUCGGAAUCCUCAGCUUCCUACACAGCCACUUGCCAGCCGCCCAGGAGCAGCCCAACCGGGCGCAACAGGACCCGGCAGCCCGGAGCCUGGCCCACUUCCUGGCCAUGAUCUGUGCAGAGGCGCCGGUCCCGAUCCGGGGCAGACAGCCCCGGGAAAGAGCGAGGCUGGAAGAGCUCCCCGAGGACGACGAGGACUCGGGCCAGCACUGA